AUGGUGCGUAGUUUUCGGGUUUUGACGAUGGCGACUGGACUUGCCGUUUUGGGAAUCAUCAGGGCGAUAAGCAUUGACAAUCAUUUGAUGCCCACUAUAACCGAUUGUUAUGAAAGAUUAGCCAUAGGUGAAAGAUUACAGCCCGAUAACGUUUACAAAUUUUUCAACUACAACACUGUCGCAGAAUGUAAAAAAGUCUGCUCUGAUGAAAGAAAAUCCUGCAAAGCAUUUGCAUUUGGGAUAUCGGCCAAAGGAAAUGCCACCUGCGAGCUGAGCAUAGACGCGAUCAAAGAAACAGCAGACCUCAAACCAGUCGGAACACUCUCAUCCACCGACUUCGACCUCUACAUCAAAAAACUGGACUGUACCCUCGUCAUUGAAAACACCGAUAAGCAUCCAAACCACGACUACCGCCCCUCCUUGAAGCCAGUGACACUUGGCAACCUCGACGCAGAAGACGAGUUCCAUCACGACCCCCUGCAAAUAGCACCUGGUGAGAACAAGCCGCCUCACGCUCCAGACUCGGGUCACCAGUACCUUCCUUCGACGCCGAGUCACCAGUACCUUCCCUCCAGCCACCACUACGUUUCGCCGCCUGUUAAAGAUGGCGUUCACAACGUGCAGACUUUGGUUAGCAUCGCCAGUGGUCCUGAAAGUGUCUUGAACCCCAUACACGGUAUCCUAGUAGCUCAGGAGACCGCCAAUUACGGAGAGGAAGGAAAACUCCCUCCUUACAAACCAGCUGCUUUGAAUCGUCCGUACGACGGUCACAAAACCAGACCUGACCGUUACGACAGACCUGAUCCAGACUAUGGGUAUAGGCCAGGGUUUCUGGGAGCAGGUGAGGGAUAUGCUGACGAAGGAACGUUCGAGAGGCCACACUGGACUCCAGACAGACCUGACCUGGAUCGGUUUGACGUGGUGAAUCCUAGUAGUGCAGGGUACAACCUCAACAGAUAUGGAGACCGUCCAUCAAGAAUCCCUUUUCGUCCAGAACCAGAUUUCCUCGCUAGCCACCGACCCCUACCAAACAGGUACGGCUCCUUGAUCCCCCACCCUGAUGAAUACGACAACCUGCCCAGUCUACAGAGUGAGUACCUUUUCCAGCAGUCCCACCAAGAAUCCUUCAGCGAAUUAUACCAUGAAGGAAACAACAGGCCGCCUAGGCCUCCGCUGGGUUCCCAAGGAUAUGAUGGGGGCGACAAAGACCUGGGACUACGUCCAAGCUAUCCCCACGGAAGACCAAAUGUUGAUAGAGAUAAGAACACUGACAAAAACCAUAACUAUGCUCACCAAACUCCUCUAGUGAGCUCUCAAGGCUAUGGCGAUCGAAACCAUGAUGAAGACAUUGAUCAUAAUUAUGCCUAUAAAAGACCCUCGAGGCCAUCGGGCGACAAUCCUAACGACUACCCCAAGCCUGUCAAGCCUAGACCUUUGCAGCAGCAUUCUGGAGGGUACGGAGAUAAAGGGAAGCCUGGAGUUGGUGAAUUGGUUCAAAAUUGGGAGGAUUAUGGAAGACCUGGUCCACAUUCUGUUAGACCGUCAGGUAGCAGGCCUUACGAUGAUGAAAAACCUCUGAGACCAAACGGCAAACCUUCUGAAGGCUAUGGAGGAACUUCUGGACAAGCUUGUUGUAGCAGUUAUGGUAAUGAGAAAGGUGGCAAGCCGAUAGUGAGCCAUAGUACUGGAUACAAUGGGGAGCAAAUCACUUCUAUUAUAACGCAAAUCGAAGAUGCCUGUUUUCGAAGGGUCCUAGCUGGAAAAAGAGUAUCACGUGCUUUCGUCAAGAGGGCUUCGAUUUGCGAAACAGUCGAGGAAUGUCAAAAAGAAUGUGCGGACGAGAAACGAUUCAGCUGUGAAGGUUUCAAUUACAGGUUGGACCCGUCGGGGCGUGGCAAAGGCGAAUGCGAGCUGGUCGACCGACCCCUCUCCCGCCUCGAUAUCGGCAGAGACCUCUACCCCCACCCCGACUACGACUACUACGAGCGCGACCGCAACGCCGCCUCGGCCAACUGCGACCGGCGGUCCGGCGGGGACGGGUGGCGCAGGCCCUACGGAGACGUGGCAGGCGACUACGGGGGCGUGGCAGGGGGCGGAGCGUACGCGGAUAGGAGGCACGACUACUACGGAGGUUCUCGCAGACCGCCUCCGAUAGACUACCCCCCACUCCCGCUGCGUCGACCAACCGAAAGCUGGCCCGACGACUCCCGAUACCCGAGCAGAAGGCCGCUCCGACCGGAACUCGACUACGACCGACGUCGUCCAAGCUUCGACGACUACGACCGCAGGAAACCCGGUUACGGCCACGGCUACGACUAUGACCACGGUGGCAACAGGAGAGGAGACUUCUCCUACCAUACCCAAGACCAGUACCUACCACCACAUCCUCUCAAACCGUCCACCCACGAGCCCUACCUACCACUCGGCUACUAUGACUACCAAAAACAGAAAGACCGUCUACACUACAGCAACACGAGAAACCAGUAUCUACCACCCAACAAAGAUGCAGCCAAACCCUGGGGACUCUAUGACAGUACUGCAAGUGCCAACAAGCACUACCAAUACGGCUCCAAACAUAGCUACAACUAUUGGUCCUCCGACCGACAUGGCUCUUUGAGUAGCAACGCCAUAGGCGGGAGCUAUUUACCUCCACCUGUAUCUAUCGGUGAGGGCGGGGCUUAUCUGCCCCUUCCUAGGCCUUCGAUCGAUCAUAUUGUACUUCCGCCCGCGCCGAGUAUUGGUGGGGGAUUCGUACCGGUAGCGGGACCGCUGGGUGGUGGGGGUCAUUCGCUUGUGAUCGACAGCGCGAGUCUGCCAGCAGAGCCGCGGAGAGCACCUACUUACAAUUUCAUCAAAGAUGAAUGUUCUCUGAGAUCAGCAACAGGAUUUCGCUUACACAAAGGAAUUGUCAAGAAAUUUUACGCGGUACCGAAUAUCUACGAGUGUGAACGACUUUGUUUCAGAGAAAAAGAUUUUCCCUGUUCCUCAUAUGCCUUCAGGUAUACUAUAAAUUUAUCUACAGCAACGGACAACUGUUAUUUGAGUAACAGGAAUUACAAAGAACUGGACUAUUAUACGGAUCUGGAACCUGACAAAGAUUUUGAUAUUUAUACGAUGAACAACAAAAAUAGAUGUGAUGAACCCAUACUACAUGGGAAAGAUACUAGUGAUUGCUUCUGGAGAGUGCGAAGUGGACAACGCAUGGACCACAAAAUAGUUAGAGACUCUUUGAUCGCUAAAUCUAUAGUGGAUUGUCAAUUAGAAUGCUUGAAAGCGAACAGAUUCACGUGUAGAGCAUUCAGUUACAGAUACGGCUCUUCGACUAUAGGAGGAUCUAUAGACAACUGUCAGUUGACGGAUUGGCCAUUUUACGAGCUGGAUCCACGAAUACAUUUUAUUCCUGAAGCUGGCUUCGAAAUAUACGAAAGGGGAAGCUUUGGGCACGGCUGCGAGCCUGAUCAUUUUGGCAUCAGGGGCCAACAUCACAAAGGAGGUGUUUCCAAAGCUGACGAACUUUGUUACAUUGGAUUUGGAUCUCCAGCCCGUUUGUUACCACAAGCAACUAAGAAAUCCCUCAACGUUCUUUCUGAAUUGGAAUGCAGAGAAGAAUGUUCAAGAGCGAGAACGGAAACGCUCUUUCAGUGCAUGUCUUUCAGUUUCAGAACCGGUGCUCAUCAGAAAAGUCUACCCAACUGCUUCCUCUCCGACAUUUAUCAAAGAGACCUACUGCCCAAAUUGGAUUACAUUUUUGAUCCAGACUUUUGGCUGUUCGCUUGGGACAACUUCAAUCCAGAAUGUGUAGCCCUGGCUAGUAAUCCUCUACCAAAUAACCACAUCGGCAUUGGAGGUGUAAUCAGCCAUGUCACCGAUAGGAACGAUUUUUCGCAUGCCCUGGACACGUGGACGGUAUACAGUGUGAGCGGUUGGCCGUGCAGAAGAGGCGCUCUCUGCAAAGAGAAUAGGGAAGCCGGUUUCUGGUCCUGCGAACUGGAGGGGGGCGAUAGGGGCGCUUGGGACUACUGCUGCAGGCCUGAUCACCGGUGUGGAGCGUCGCAGGGAUACCCGUAUCAAUGGUGCUACGUGGGUCCCUCUCGCACCCAAUGGCGCAAAUGCAGCGACCACUACUUUCCCUACAUCCACAACCUGAUCGACCGCCUGGACACCAUCAAGCCGUACUUGCCCCCCAAGCUGCCCUGGGCCUCUUCGGCACCGUUCAGGCCCGAUAGGCCACCGGCCCCACCGAGGCCGCCUCCGCACGGGGGACCCAGUCUGGAUCAGUACGAGACGGCGUUCGAUGAGGAGUUCCUGGAUCCCCCCAAGCCGGGUGGUUUUGGGCAGCCCCGCCACUGGCCUGUCUCCUACCUGCACAAAGAGAUGCCGCCAAACGCGACCGACUCCCGACUCAUGCGCAUGGAGGCAGAGAAUCCAAAGUACGCCGCCAUCCAGAACCUCAUCGAGGUCAUAAAGAGCAACGACUUACAUAAUAUCCAGUAUCACAUUUCGAACGAGUCCAACAGCCAAGAUGACGUUCUCUUCGUCAAGAUUCCGCUACCUGUCAAUUUCACAAAUCAGUCAAAAAAUAGCCAUAUCUUAUCGAGGAAUACCAGCAUCAGUUUGGAGCCGGUGGAUGUCAAAGUCGAGAAUUCCAUACAGCGAAAAAGAUCCCACAAAGCACUGCCAGACAUCAUCCUCGAAAGGAAGGGAAAUGAAGAAUCGGCCGAAUCUACCGAUUCGAACGAAAAGUUUGGAGAUAUCUCCAGGCCCAGUCCCUUGUACAGAAGGGCCUUCAUCACUAGAACUAACGUUACCAUGCACGGAAGACGCCUAUGA